AUGAAGAACUCCAACUCGGCCCUCAUUGCCGCUGGCAUCUUUGUUCAGAUGGCCGUUUUGGCCGCUGGCCACUCCAUUUUUCAGCAAGCGAGCAGCGGUUCGAAAGACUUUGGGUCAACCUGCGUUCGGAUGCCACCUAACAACUCGCCCGUCACCAGCGUGUCGAGCAAGGAUAUGGCUUGCAACGUUGGUGGCUCCAAGGGGUUGUCUGGCAUCUGCGAGGUUAAGGCCGGUGACGAGUUUACGGUCGAGAUGCACGCGCAACCCGGCGACCGGUCCUGCGCCCACGAGGCCAUCGGCGGCAACCACUUCGGCCCCGUCAUGGUGUACAUGAGCAAGGUGUCCGACGUCACCAGCGCCGACGGGUCGGCCGGCUCCUGGUUCAAGGUGGACGAGUUCGGCUACGACGCCAGCUCCAAGAAAUGGGGCACCGACCAGCUCAACGCCAACUGCGGCAAGCGGUCGUUCAAGAUUCCCAGCAAGAUCCCCGCGGGCGAUUACCUUGUCCGCGCCGAGGCGAUUGCGCUGCACACGGCGGGCCAGAGCGGAGGGGCGCAGUUUUACAUGAGCUGCUAUCAAGUCAGGGUUUCCGGCGGCAGUCGCGGCCAACUGCCCGCAGGAGUCAAGAUCCCGGGAGCGUACAGCGCCUCCGAUCCUGGAAUCCUCAUCGAUAUCUGGGGCAGCUCCUUCAAGGAGUACAAGAUUCCUGGUCCGGCCAUCAUUGAUCAGAGCUACUUUUGA